AUGGAUGACCUAUACGACGAGUUCGGAAAUUUUAUCGGCGAGGCCGAGUCCGACGACGAUGUCCAGAGCACCGGCCAGGCAGCCGACGCCUAUGUCCUUGACGAUGAAGAGGAAGCCGAAACGAACGACCAGCAGCUUAUGGAGGUGGAUGAGGGGCCAUCCAAUGCCGUGAUCCUCCACGAAGACAAGCAGUACUACCCUUCUGCGUCCGACGUAUACGGCCCAGAUGUCGAAGUAUUGGUGCACGAGGAAGACACGCAGUCGCUGGCGCAGCCUAUUAUUGCGCCGGUAGUGCAGAAGAAGUUCACGAUUCAAGAGACAGAUCUGCCCCCGGUGUAUCACUCGAGGGAGCUCUUGACGGAUUUGAUGAACUUCCCCGACCAGAUACGGAAUAUCGCCAUAGCUGGACACUUGCACCACGGAAAGACUGCCUUUAUGGAUAUGCUAGUCAUGGAGACACACGACAUCCAAGAUCGUCUGGACUACAAGAGGGGCAAGAAGCGGGAGGAGCAGCUGCGAUACACCGACGUACACGUGCUCGAGCGCGAACGAGGCCUCUCCAUCAAGGCUGCGCCCAUGAGCCUCGUCCUCCAGAACACGAAACUGAAGUCGCAUCUCUUCAACAUCCUCGAUACCCCCGGACACGUAAACUUCGCCGAUGAAGUCGCCGCCUCGUUGCGCCUGGUCGACGGAGUGGUCUUGGUGGUGGAUGUGGUUGAAGGCGUACAAGUGAACACGGAGCAAAUCAUAAAGCACGCAGUGCUGGAAGAUCUGCCCCUAACACUUGUGGUCAACAAGAUGGACCGCUUGAUUCUAGAGCUGAAGCUGCCGCCCAGCGACGCAUACUUCAAGAUUAAGCACGUAAUCGAGGAGGUCAACACUAUCAUCGAGAACACCAUCCCCGGCCGCGGCGAGAGUAGACGAGUAAGCCCUGAGAAAGGCAAUGUCGCUUUCGCUUGCUCCAGCAUGCGAUGGUGCUUCACCAUUCAGUCCUUCGCGAAGAUGUACUCCGACUUUUACCCCGGUCCAUCCAAACUCCCAGGCUUCGGCGUUCCGAUGAAGGGUCUGGAUAUCGAUAAAUUCGCCAUGCGUCUUUGGGGCGACAUCUUCUACAACCCUGGGAGCCGCAAGUUCAGUCGCAAGAGGCAAGAGGAGGGCUCACAACGGUCUUUCGUACACUGGAUCUUGGAGCCUGUCUACAAGAUCUACUCGCACACACUGAGCCAGAGCCCGGAUGACCUCAAGGACACGCUUGACACUUUGGGCAUCCGACUGAAGCCAUCAGAAUACAAGACCGACGCAAAGGAGCUGAUGCGCCUUGUAUGCCAGCAGUACUUCGGGCCAUCUCUCGGUUUCGUAGACAUGAUCACCCAACACGUUCCUUCGCCCGAAGAAGGUGCGCAACGGCUGCUGCAAAGACAUUACACCGGACCUCUGGAUACGAAGACCGCCGAAGCUAUGCAGAAGUGCGACCAGAACGGACCCCUAGUCAUACACGUUACGAAGUUGUUCAAUGCAACAGAUGCCAAGUCGUUCACAGCACUGGGCCGAGUGAUGAGCGGUACUGCAACUUCACCGCAGUCGGUGCGUGUUCUUGGUGAAGGCUACACGAUCGAGGAUGAGGAAGACAUGGUCGUUGCGACAGUAACAGACACAUGGAUAGCGCAGUCACGAUACAAUAUCCCCGUCAGCGGUGUUCCGGCGGGUAACUGGGUGCUGCUCGGCGGUGUCGACAAUUCGAUAGUCAAGACGGCGACGAUUGUAGCUACCAAACUCCCCGAAGACGAAGACGCCUACAUUUUCCGACCUAUCCGCCACUUCUUUGAAUCCGUAUUCAAGGUUGCAGUCGAACCGAUAAACCCCUCCGAACUACCGAAGAUGCUUGACGGUCUGCGCAAGAUCAACAAGUCAUACCCGCUCAUCACAACCAAGGUCGAGGAGUCAGGAGAGCACGUUGUUCUCGGCACGGGCGAACUAUACAUGGAUUGUGUUCUGCACGAUCUGCGACGGUUAUACGCCGACAUGGAGAUCAAGGUGUCAGAUCCUGUAACAAGAUUCUGCGAGACGGUCGUUGAGAUGUCUGCCAUCAAGUGCUACGCGCUUACACCGAACAAAAAGAACAAGCUCACGAUGAUUGCUGAGCCGCUCGACCCAGGCAUCGCGGAGGAUAUUGAGGCUGGAAAGGUCAACAUCAAGGACCCUGUCAGAGUCGUUGGAAAGUUCUUCGAAGAAAACUACGGAUACGACUUGCUCGCGUCGCGUAACAUCUGGGCUUUCGGACCUGAUGACAUGGGCCCCAACAUCCUACAAAACGACACGCUUCCCUCAGAAGUCGACGGCAAGACUCUGCGAACGGUGCGCGAUACGCUUCGACAAGGUUUCAGCUGGGCUACUCGAGAAGGCCCACUCUGCGAAGAGCCCAUUCGCAACACAAAGUUCCGUAUCACCGAUGUCGAACUUGCGCCAGAAGCCAUCUUCCGCGGAGGUGGUCAGAUCAUUCCCACCAGUCGACGAGCGUGCUACUCAAGUUUCCUGAUGGCGAGUCCCAGGCUCAUGGAGCCGGUGUACUCGUGCAGCAUGGUCGGCCCUGCAGACACCAAGAGCAGCUUGUACACAGUCCUCGCACGAAGGAGAGGACACGUUCUACAGGAUGGACCCAUCGCGGGUACUCCGCUGUACAACGUGCGUGGUCUUAUUCCGGUCAUCGAUUCAUUUGGUUUCGAGACCGAUCUUAGGAUCCACACACAAGGCCAAGUCUCCCUCUCCCUCGUUUUCGACCGCUGGUCCAUCGUCCCCGGCGACCCUCUCGACAAAGACAUCACAACCCGACCGCUCGAACCCGCAACCGCACAACAACUCGCACGCGACUUCGUGCUCAAGACAAGGAGGAGGAAGGGUCUCGCGGAAGACGUCACAAUCAGCAAGUUCUUGGAACCGGAGCUGUUCCGUUCACUCAAGGAGAGCGGAGUGCUCGAUGGAUAG